CUCUCUCUCUCUCUCUCUCUCUCUCUCUCUUUACACUCUUACUACUAUCUCCUUCAAGCUCCCUUUCUCUCUCUCUUCCCCAUGCCCUUUUUCGUCUUUUCAUCUCUCAAUCCAACGGCGAUGCCACCUUCCACGUCCUCAUCUUCUUCUUCUUCUUCUUCCUCCCUUUUUCUCCUUUUUCUCUUGUAUAGUAUAAUCCACUGUGCUCUUUCCAAACACCCGCGCAGCACAAUAUAACCGCCUCUUCUCUUAGGGUUUUCUUUCUCUUUCUAAUCACAUUACCUUCAAGGAAUUUUGGGUGGCCUUUCUUCUCUCUUUCUGGGUUUCAUCCGUUUCAAGGGUUUUGAAUUUGGAUUGGAAGGGGUUCUUUUUUUUUGGUUUGGGGGUUGUUUUUAUGUUGAAUGGUGAUCGAAAAGGGAAGCUUUAAGGCAUCACGAUUUGAUUCCGAGUUUUCUCCUCGUAGUAGGGACAGUAUGUCGAGUGAGGAUGAGGAGUUUCAGAGACGAAACGGCGGAGGUGAAGUUGAAUCUAAUGGAGAGGAUGAUGAUGAUGAUUUCGAUGAUUGUGAUUCAGGGGCGGGGUCGGACGACUUUGAUUUGUUGGAAUUAGGGGAGUCUAAGGAGGAGUUUUGUCAAAUUGGGGAUCAAACAUGUAGUAUUCCGUUCGAAUUGUAUGAUCUUUCAGGGUUGGGCGAUGUGUUGUCAUUGGAUGUUUGGAAUGAGGUGUUGUCUGAGGAAGAAAGGUUUAAUCUUGCUCAGUACCUUCCUGACAUGGAUCAGGAAUCGUUUAUGCGAACUUUGAAAGACCUCCUCACGGGUAAUAAUAUGCAUUUUGGAAGUCCUCUUGAUAAGCUGUUUAACAUGUUGAAGGGUGGGUUAUGUGAGCCAAGAGUGGCACUUUACCGACAAGGAUUGAUUUUCUUUCAGAAGCGGAAGCAUUAUCACCACCUCAGAAACCAUCAGAAUGCAAUUGUCAGUAAUCUUUGUCAGAUAAGAGAUGCUUGGCUCAGUUGCCCUGGGUAUAGCAUUGAGGAGAAGCUUCAAGUGCUGAACAUUAAGAAGAAUGAAAAGAUUUUAAUGUAUGAGAAAAUGGAAGAACUGGAAAGUGAUGGAUCCGAGAGAGAGGAGUUCAGUGAUACUUUGUGGGGCAAAAGAACAAAAGAUCGUAAUCUUGGGCAGAAUAUGGGCUGUUAUUCUGGAUACGGGAUAGGGUCAGCCCUGGAUUCGUCAUCUAGACAAAUGGCUUCAGAAGCUACUAGAUACAAAAGGCAGAAUCUAAAAGGGACUCUCAAGGUAGGUGGAACAAAGGGUUCUGCAUUGCCUCCUUUUCAUUGUGGUAAAGGAAUGGACUAUGAUUCUGGGAUGGCUGACCCAAUGAGGGAUAUGUUGAAUGGCAAUUAUGAGGAGGAUGGGAUGUACGAAGUGGAUGUGCAGAGAGACAGAAACUUUUCACGGGCAGGUGCUGUUGAUAAAAGUGGGACUGUCAAAUUGGGGAAGAAGCAUGAAAGGUUUAGAGUGGAAGAAUGCUCUGAUGUUUUCAUGGGUGUGCCUGUCCCGUCAAAGAAUGAUCUUUAUGCCCAUGGAAGGAACAAUACUGUCAAUCAGCUGUCAGAUAUUAAGGUCUUGACUGCAAAGCCCAGCAAUGCCAGACCUGCAUAUGAUUUUGGGAAAAAAGACAGGUAUGCUGAUGGUCUCCCACAGUUUUGCUCUGAAGAUCAGAUGAAUUAUGGGAAAAUCCGGAUUCCUAAAAUGUCGCUGAAGGGAAGUGCAAUGGAACUAGCGAGCGGAAGUGAACCAUUUUGGCCAAGUAAAGCACAAGAGGAUAACUAUUUUACCAACCCAUCGCACAAGUUCGGUAACAUGAAUGUAAAAAGCAAAAAGUGGAAGGUGGACCAAGAAUAUCCUGAUCGCAAGUUAAAUGAUAAGUUGUUUCAGUCAGACUAUAGGGCAAAAGCCUUCCCUGAGAAAGUCAAGGCUAAAAUGCAGAAUGGAGGACAAGAUGGGUCGGGAAUCAGAGGUCGAAGGGUAUUUGCAAAGACUGAAGAAACUGAAUCUGAAUCAUCAGAAAGAAGUGACGAGGAUAAUAAUCCAUUGAUGAGGAGCAAGUGGGCAUAUCCCAGUGGUUCCACGAACUUGAUGUCUACAUUGGAUACUAAAAGGGCUAAAUUUGGUCAAAAGGAUAAGUACAGUAUACCGGUUCGUGAUGGUUCAUUUCAUUCUUCUAGGAUGAUGAGCGACUCCAGUGAACUUUUCCACCCAAAGAGAACUGGAAGUCGUGGCUUGGGAGCAGAACCAAUGGGUAAGAUGCAUGAUCUUGGUCAUCUGAGUAGUUUCUCCACUAGAAAUCAUUUCUCUGGUUUAAGCCAGUUCGACAAUGACAAUGAAGAUGAUGAUGAGCAACCAAUAUACAAGCUAGCCAAGAAUGGUUCUUUGCAAGGGGACCAUACUGAAAAGUACCACAUGGCAUCCACCAGAGAGAAGAAACAAAAAGGAAAAGUUAGCCGUGAUAUCCUGCCUGCAAACUAUAUGCAAGAUCACAAGUUUCAGGAGGAUGACUCAUUGCGGACACGGUUGCCGGCUAAAAGAAAUGGAGUUUCUACCAAGUUUUCAAAGAAAGGUCAGAUGCCUGACACACGUGCUUUUGAUCAUCAUGAAAAAUCUGAUAUGCAUUUAACAGGUUGCAACUCAGUCAUGAAGAAGCGGAAAGUCAAAGUUGAUGUCCCGUACAUGGAUGAGGUAGAUGAUACUGACCAUCUCUAUUCUGAUACCCAGCAGCGACAAGUUGAUCUCUCAGUGAAGCGGGGUAAAAAGAAGCUGGAGGAUGAAUCAUGGCCUUCUUUAAUGGGAGUUCCCAGAUCUCCAACUUCAGAAAUGAUAGUAGAUGAUGUAGAUGUGGAAGACCGACCUCAAAAGAAGCCAUUCACUUUGAUUACUCCUACAGUUCAUACUGGCUUCUCAUUCUCCGUCAUUCAUCUUCUUUCAGCAGUUCGUAUGGCAAUGAUUACUUUGCUUCCAGAAGAGGCUGUAGAUACAAAUGCUGGAAGACAGGAAGCUCUGGAGGAGCACGGUGGAGUUGCACCACCUUCAGAGUUGGAGGGUGAUAAUUCACCUCCUUCCACUCAAGCAAAGGUACCCUCUCUGAGUGUUCAAGAAAUUGUUAACCGUGUGAGAUCAAACCCGGGAGAUCCCUGUAUUCUUGAGACUCAAGAACCUCUCCAUGAUUUGGUCAGAGGAGUCCUCAAAAUAUUUUCUUCCAAAACAGCACCACUUGGUGCAAAAGGGUGGAAGCCACUUGUGGUCUAUGACAAACCCACCAAAAGUUGGUCCUGGAUUGGUCCUGUGAGCCCUGAUUCAUCUGAUCAUGAGCCUAUGGAGGAAGUCACAUCUCCAGAAGUGUGGGGUCUUCCUCACAAAAUGCUUGUCAAGUUAGUUGAUUCUUUUGCCAAUUGGCUGAAAAAUGGUCAGGAGACGCUACGGCAAAUAGGAAGUCUCCCUGACCCUCCAUCGUCGUUGAUGCAAUAUAAUCUAGAUGAGAAGGAAAGGUUCAGAGACUUGCGAGCUCAGAAGAGUCUGAGUACCAUUGGCCUUAGCUCUGAAGAAGUCAGAGAGUAUUUCCGUAAAGAGGAAUUCCUUAGGUAUUCAAUUCCUGACAGGGCUUUCUCCUACACUGCUAUUGAUGGGAAAAAAUCAAUAGUUGCUCCUCUGAGAAGGUGCGGUGGCAAGCCAACGUCAAAAGCCCGUGAUCACUUCAUGCUGAAAAAGGAUCGUCCUGCCCAUGUAACAAUUCUCUGUCUUGUGCGAGAUGCAGCUGCUAGGUUGCCUGGCAGUACAGGGACUAGAGCAGAUGUUUGCACUUUAAUCAGAGACUCACAGUACAUUGUGGAAGAGGUUUCUGAUGCUCAAGUCAAUCAAGUUGUUAGUGGUGCGUUGGAUCGUUUGCAUUAUGAACGUGAUCCUUGUGUACAGUUUGAUAAUGAGAAGAAGCUCUGGGUUUACUUACAUAGAGAUAGAGAAGAAGAAGAUUUUGAGGAUGAUGGUACUUCAUCUACAAAGAAAUGGAAGAGGCAAAAGAAAGAAGUUGCCGAGCCAUCUGAUCAAGGAGCAGUAACCGUCGCUUAUCAUGGGACAGAGGAACAAAAUGGUUUUGAUUUGAGCUCAGAUCUCAAUGUUGAGCCCUCAAAUGUGGAUGAGGAUCGAACAGUCCUUACUUAUGAGGAUGGUAAGGAUCAUGUAGAGGACAAUAUUAAGAGCACCAAUAUGUCAGAACAAGGUACUAUGCAUUGUGGUUCUUCUCUGAUGGAUUGGGAUACUCUUUGCGCAACUCCUGGAGAUGGAAAUAAGUUGUUAUGUCAACAAAACUCUACUGAUAAUUUUGUUGAUGAAACAUGUGGUGGAGAACCACCAGCUUGAUUGUGGAAAGAGCUCUGUGUGAAGCUUCCAGAAAAGCCUUAUAUAUUUACCUACCUGAAGAGCCAGGAACUUUCGGCCGUCAGAUGAGACUAGAAAAAACUACUAGCCGAUUGCGCUCAGUGAAAUUCAUCCAGUUCAAUGGUUCAGUUUUUUUGGCCACGCUGGUCGCUAUAUUUUGGGCAUGGCGGCAGUUCACAAUCUAGAUUCAUUCUAUAGUUAAAACAAGGAAAAAAGGGGAGCCUCUAAUAUGUAGACUGCAGGUGAUAAUUUGCUUGCCGUUGCACAACUUUUUUAUCUCGGAAUGUACUUAUCUAUACCUUUUUCAUUUGUUCCUUUUUUUUCAGUGUAUAUUUACGUGGCAUAUUCAUACGAUACCAGAAUGCUGAAGCGCAAUCACUGUUCUGAAUUUGAGAAGCAGCAGAGUCCAUGUGUUAUAUACCCUCUCGUAUGUACAUUAAUCUAGUUAGAUGAGAUAAAUGAAAAUAAGUUGGUCUUGUGAUCUUUGCCCUUGAUCAAUCCUCCCCAUGGUCCUUUAACUGCAUUUAUACUUUAAAAUCUAUGAUUGUUCUCACCUAAUAUUUAUUUACUCUGAUUAAAUUUAUGGCAUGAUCAAACAUUGGAAA